UGAUCGCGGGCUCCGGGCGCCGCGUCUCCAGGCAGAGGGAACAGCCAGGGAGGGCAGGAGAGCGCGCCCGGGUCGGGCCCCAGCCGCCUCCGCCCCAGCUCCCCUCCGCUCCCCUCCCGCUCCAUGGCCCCGCGGCCGCCGCCGCCCAUGCCGCCCUCCAGUGCGGAGGGGCCUCUCGGCAGCGGGUACGAACACUCGAUCAAGGACUAAGCGGCACCGCUGCCUCCUCGCUGGCUACUCUCCACCUCCUAAGGAAAACCGAGACGCGAGAGACAGGAGGGAGAAAGGAAGAGCGAGCAGAAGCGAGCGGGAAGUCGGGCGCUGGGCACCGCGGGACAGUACAGCCCGGAGGCGGCUGCGCCCGGGGUGGCGGGCAGAGCGCGCAGCGGCGCGGCUGGAUUACGCGGAGCUCUGGGGCCCAGAGGCUGUGGAGAGGCUUCUCGGUGCCCCAGGCCUGCCCCGCGCACCUGCCCCGGCCGGUGCCCCAGACUCACCUGGCCCCCAGAGUCCCCUUCCCCAUCCCUGCCGCUGCAGCCGGAGCGGGGCUCCGAGGGCCUGGAGCACGGCCGGGUCUAAUAUGCCCGGAGCCGAGGCGCGAUGAAGGAGAAGUCCAAGAAUGCGGCCAAGACCAGGAGGGAGAAGGAAAAUGGCGAGUUUUAUGAGCUGGCUAAGCUGCUCCCGCUGCCGUCGGCCAUCACCUCGCAGCUGGACAAGGCGUCUAUCAUCCGACUCACCACCAGCUACUUGAAGAUGCGGGCCGUCUUCCCCGAAGGUUUAGGAGACGCGUGGGGACAGCCAAGCCGCGCGGGGCCCCUGGACAGCGUCGCCAAGGAGCUGGGAUCGCACUUGCUUCAGACUUUGGAUGGAUUUGUUUUCGUGGUAGCAUCUGAUGGCAAAAUCAUGUAUAUAUCGGAAACAGCUUCUGUGCAUUUGGGCUUGUCACAGGUGGAGCUCACCGGCAACAGUAUUUAUGAGUACAUCCACCCUUCCGACCACGAUGAGAUGACAGCAGUGCUUGCGGCCCACCAGCCCCUUCACCAUCACCUGCUCCAAGAGUAUGAGAUAGAGAGGUCGUUCUUUCUGCGGAUGAAGUGUGUCUUGGCGAAAAGAAACGCGGGCCUGACAUGCAGUGGAUACAAGGUCAUCCACUGCAGCGGCUACUUGAAGAUCAGGCAGUAUAUGCUGGACAUGUCCCUGUAUGACUCGUGCUACCAGAUCGUGGGGCUGGUGGCCGUGGGCCAGUCGCUGCCGCCCAGUGCCAUCACAGAGAUCAAGCUGCAUAGUAACAUGUUCAUGUUCAGGGCCAGCCUCGACCUGAAGCUGAUCUUCCUGGAUUCCAGGGUGACCGAGCUGACUGGGUAUGAGCCGCAGGACCUGAUCGAGAAGACCCUCUACCAUCACGUGCACGGCUGUGACGUCUUCCACCUCCGCUAUGCACACCACCUCCUGCUGGUGAAGGGCCAGGUCACCACCAAGUACUACCGGCUGCUGUCCAAGCUGGGCGGCUGGGUGUGGGUGCAGAGCUACGCCACCGUCGUGCACAACAGCCGCUCGUCCCGGCCACACUGCAUCGUGAGUGUCAAUUAUGUCCUCACGGAUGUCGAAUACAAGGAACUGCAGUUAUCCCUGGACCAGGUGUCUACGUCCAAGUGCCAGGACUCCUGGAGGACUGCCUUGUCUACCUCACAAGAAACUAGGAAAUUAGCUAAACCCAAAAAUACAAAGAUGAAGACAAAGCUGAGAACAAACCCUUACCCCCUACAGCAAUACAGCUCGUUCCAAAUGGACAAACUGGAAUGCAGCCAGCUGGGAAACUGGAGAGCCAGCCCCCCGGCGAACGCCCCGGCACCCCCAGAACAGCAGCUCCAUUCAGAAAGCAGUGACCUUUUGUACGCCCCGUCCUACAGCCUGCCCUUCUCCUACCAUUAUGGACACUUCCCUCUGGACUCUCACGUCUUCAGCAGCAAAAAGCCAAUGUUGCCGGCCAAAUUCGGGCAGCCCCAAGGAUCCCCGUGUGAGGUGGCACGCUUUUUCCUGAGCACCCUGCCAGCCAGUGGUGAAUGCCAGUGGCAUUACGCCAACCCCCUAGUGCCUAGCAGCCCGUCUCCAGCUAAAAACCUUUCCGAGCCGCCGGUGAACACUGCUCGGCAGAGCCUCGUGCCAAACUACGAAGCGCCCGCCGCCGCGCGCAGGUUCGGCGAGGACACCGCGCCGCCGCCUCCGCCGCCGCCGCCGCCGAGCUUCCCGAGCUGCGGCCAUUACCGCGAGGAGCCCGCGCUGGGCCCGGCCAAGGCCGCCCGCCAGGCCGCCCGGGACGGGGCGCGGCUGGCGCUGGCCCGCGCGGCGCCCGAAUGCUGCGCGCCGCCGGCCCCCGAGCCCCCGGGCGCGCCUGCGCAGCUGCCCUUCGUGCUGCUCAACUACCACCGCGUGCUGGCCCGGCGCGGGCCGCUGGGGGGCGCUGCGCCCGGCGCGCCCGCCCUCGCCUGCGGCCCCGGCGCCCCCGAGGCGGCGGCCGGCGCGCUGCGGCCCCGGGCCCCCGGCCCCGCCGCCGCCUCGCCGCCCGGCGCGCCGCUGCCGCACUACCUGGGCGCCUCGGUCAUCAUCACCAACGGCAGGUGACCUCGCGCAGGGCUGCCCGCAGGGAGAAGCCAUAGGCCAGGCCUCGGGCUCCUGUUCUCCAGAGUGCAGCCGAGUUACGAGGGGCGAGCUGUAUAUGCACGGUUUAAAUUAAUUUAUACAGAGACGACUAUUUUAAUAGAACGCCGCGGCCGCCUUCUAGAUUUUUACGUAGAUCCCACCAACGCCGGUGCACGGGACUGCGGCGCGGCGGGGAAAGGCCCUCCAGACCUUUGUUCUCCAGGAGCCGGGUUCCGAGGGGGCAGAGCUGAGCGCCCCCUGCGUCCCACGUGUGACCUCAAACUACCCCGUCUUGGGGGCGGACUUGGGUUCCUCACCUUGACAUCAGGCUCGCGCGCCCUCGUCUCGUCCCCGAUGCUCAGUGGCGGUCCCACCGGGGGACUGCAGGAGCUUCCACCCCGGGGAGAGCCUCUGUAGAGGGGAGAGCCCAGCCUGAUACAGUCAGACACGCCGGGCCGCGGCCCACCAGGAAGGGGGAGGCCUCCUGAAUUCAGGGCGCCCUAGAGGCUUAAGGCAGGGUGUGAUAAUUGAAGUCCCACGCAUCGACAACAACUCUGACGACUUUACAAGUCAUUCACGAGUCUCAUUAAAAGCUGUUGUCGUUUUAAUUUAAGCCUUUUUUCAGUACAAACAUCCGCAAGCCCAGACCAAGGGAGUGAAUGAACAUGGGUGUGCCUCACAAGCACAUUCAUGAGCUUUUACUUCCUCCUAACCCCUGUGAACUCCUGAUGGCACCAAGAAUAGCACCUUCCGAAUAUAUGGGAUAGGCAUUAAAUGCAGAAAUACAGAGAGCCAGAUAGAUAUUUUCUGAGAAUGACAUGUGGAUGAUGAUGAGGUGCCCAAGGCGACUGGCUACCCCUGUCGGGUUUGAUUGGGAGGCAACAUCCCUCUGGCCCACACAUACCUGUAAUUCCCUAGGCUCGUGUUUGCUACAAGUAAUGCUAAUAAAGUUAGUUAAAUUGCAUGUGCAAUAUGGAAAAUUGUCAAUGGACUGUGCCCUCGUGGAAGAAAACUCGCUAGAGGGAUGGUAUAAAAAUGGUGUAUACAUUUUCUUCAGCAUUUCCUGCAUUUUCUGCAUAGCAAGAAAACCCCAUGAACAUGUCCUGUAUGUGACAGGUGAACAGGAAUCCUUUUAUAAAGCACCAGCAGUGUUUUAAAAAUAAACUUCCAUUCAUUUUUCUCUUACUUUUAUAUUUUUGCUUCAAGAUUUCACCAUUUAAAAAUCCUACCAUGGCUCUGGAAUGGACUGAUGCAUAACCACCGUGUUUCAAUUUGCUCCACACUCUAAACACUCCCUCAUUGCCCUGUUUCAAAAAUGGUUUUCGUUUAGGAAACUCUGCACCUUUCUGAGUGGAAAGAUUGUUCACAAAUGUCUUCAAUUCAUUGUUCUGGAAUCAGGGCGCACCUAUACAGGAUUGUUUGCAAAAUGUGAAGUGAUCGCUUGCCAACCUAGGGUCACACUGAGGGUCUGCCUCAUUCUUAGCAGGGCAUCAGUAGCCUUAUGGUAGGGGUGACAUUUGCAAAUUUAGGAACAUGCAUGGUACAGCAAAGGGACUGAGUCCUAAGAAUCGAACGCAUACACCUCUAUACUGCACUUACCUAUACCUCGUUAGCAGCUCUUUGUGCACACAGAAAAUAAGCCUGGGGUAUUAUUUUUUUAUGCUUAUAAGUCUCAUCAUUAAACCAGGAUUCCUGAAAGGUGCGGGUUUGAUGAGCAGGCGAUAUCACCUGACGUUUUUCAAUAAAGUACCACAAAAUGCGUUUGUGUCUACCUUGUUAUUAAUCAUUGGGUCUGUGUUCAUUAGUAAAUACAAACCAAGAAGGCUUUCCAGCAGUUUAAGAUCAAAGGUUACUGUGAAAAAAUAAGACCAUUAUAGAUUUGCAAAUGAUAACGUAAACAGUCUUAACAAUGAGUAUGUACUUGAAAAAUGAAAUGUGUACUAGGGAAAACUUCCUUGUCUAAACAAACAUCGGGGUUUUCAUAGCCUAGAACAUGAAGGAAGAUUCCUAUGCAAGCCGGCUUCUGGGCGGCUGGCAGCUCAGUGCAAAGUUAACAGGAGUUACCAUGGCAACCUAAUAUUGUUACCUCCAUCUUUAAAAGUCUGCACAUUUAAGCUGGGGCCAUCAUUUCUUGACUUCUGUGAGGCUCUGGCAGGGAAGAGGAAGCAUUUUAAUAAAUAUGACUCUCUUUCACAAGAGAAAGAAAGAAAAAGAAAGAAAGGAAGGAAGAAAGAAAAAGAAAGAAAAAGAAAGAAAGAAAGGAAAGAAAGGAAGGAAAUUGUAGUGGGUCCUAACACGUUGACAAAAAUGCCAGAUCAAAAGGAUUUGAGAAAUAAACCCAGUUCAAGACUGGCCGGGCCCUCCAAGGGGCCUCCCAGGGAAAGGAAUUCCUUUAUGUUCGUGGAAGCCCUUUCUAGAAAAGCCAUUCCAUUCAUACCUUUGUAGAGAAGGGAACAGGGUAUGAAGAAGGCUGUUCUGAGGAAAUCUGCAAGAGCUGGGUAUUUUGCACCCCUCACCCCCCAACCCUUUGUCCAGUUUAAAGUCCUAUGACCAAGUCUUCCCCCUUGGACCCUAAGGGCGGGAGAGGUUUAUACAGUCAAUGAAUCCUAUACAAAGUCUACCCGAAGUUGUAAUUUUGUUGUAACUGUAAGACAGUUAAGGUAGAUUUGUUGUAACUGUAAGACAGUUAAGGUCGACUGUGAGGGCUGCUACAGAUAAAAUGGGAUAAAAAGAACAUUUUCAAAUAAAUGCCAGAAAACUACAGUAGUUUAAAAUCUUAGUGAAUUGUAGCCCCUGGGUUAUCAAAGAGGCAUUAGUCAAGCUGUUCCUAACUUAAGUAUGAUGUAUAAGGUUAAAAUCUUGGGGGAAAAAACUCAAAACAAAAGUCAAGCAGUUCUUACAGAAGAGUAAGAACAACUCUACAAGAACAUAAUCUGUUCUUAUAGUAAGUUUGUUAUAUUAAAUUUAUUUUUCAAUUUAUAUUAAAUGGUUAUAUUAAAUUUAUUUCUCACCUCAGUUUAAAGGGUUUUUUUACUUUGGGUUUUGCUAACUUUCAUUCUCUGAAGUAAUAAAAUUUUUCUUUUGUAUGACACAUAACACAUUUGUCAAAAACAAAUCAAAAACAACAGAAAAAGCA